CACUUUUCGGUCAACGCUUCCUUCUCUAUUUCUCUUUUUUGCCAUCUUCAGUCUUCAUUAGUUCCAUCCUUGAACAAACCAAGCUCAUUCAACGAAGAGAGAGGGACGGACACAAAAACACGCACAUACACACACACGCAACCACACUGACAUUGUGAGAAAGAGACAGGAGGCACUACAACAACCGACCGUUUCUCCGUGCUCACCAUGCCAAGUGUGACCCUCCACAACCCAGAGGACAAGGCCGCCAUCAAGCGUGCCUUGCCCACAACCACCCAGAGGAUUAUCACUGCCACCGUCGCUCGAUUGUACGUUGCCUAUCCAGACCCAAACUCAUGGACAUACUCUGGCAUCAUGGGCGGCCUCGCCUUUGUGCAGACAAAGAGCACUUUCUUGUUCCGCAUCGUGGACCUUAUGGGCUCCCGAGGCGUCAUUUGGGAACAGGAGCUGUAUGAGAACUUUGAGUACACCCAGGAGCGAUCCUUCUUCCAUACCUUCGCCCUCGAUAAUUGUUUGGCUGCAUUCUCCUUUGCAGAUGACCAGGAGGCAGGUGUCUUCUACAAGAAGGUCUCAAGCCGUGAUUCGCUCAAGAAAGGUAGGCAGCGCUCAUAUAUUGGGUUGUUCUUCUUGGCCCCUGGUGCCGUGCGAAAGUAUUUGAGGAUAAACGAGAGGGCUCAUCACUAAUAUUCGUUCGGGAUAUUAAUAGCAAAGUCGCCCAAUGGGUCUC